AGCCAAAACAGCGUGGGGAGCACACGAUGAUGAUUAUUCAUGCAUCAUACAGGGCGCCUGAAGAUCGUGACGGCAAGUGUCGGGGAUGGCCGAUGGCGCACGGAUAGCUGGAGCGCUGAAGCAACGUUUUGAUCGACGGUCGGUUGGAGAGCCCCCACGUGCACUCACUGUUCGUCUAUGCCUCUCUCUGCUGCGUCUUACUCCUUUGUCCCCCCGCCGUAGGCCAUGCUGUUUUGAGCUCCCGCUGCGCAGUGUUUUACUCCGGGUGGGAUGUGAAGUUGGACGUGCUGUUGCCGCAUGCUCUCCUCGUCGCCCGCAUCUCGGCUCGCAAUUGUGGUGACUGGCUGCACUGAUGAAUGCUGAUCGGUGUCCCCCGUUUGUG